CCUGGAAAAAGCGAUUGAAAGCGAGACCCUCGACGUACGAUACAGGGGAGUAAGGCUCAGUCGUAGCAGCACUGUUAGCUAUAUCCGAGAGUGAUAUUUGAGCAUCGGGUGUUGUCUGAGCGGCGGCGAAGGCGAUAAUCCCAAGCCAAAUGGUAAUAGAAGACUUCAUUCUGACUUUUUGACUCUGCACCGUGAAGAGGCACCAAGAGAUGUUCGCGGGUCUGAUUGCGAAAUCAGCCAGGGCGUCGGUCGCUUAAGACAAGCUGCAAGGGGUACCCUGGGAGUCGACUCGAUCUAUCUAGCACGCACCAGUCUCGAAGUACCCAGUAGACCAAAGACUGCAUUCCUUGUAUCUGCUGUUUUCGAUCAAGCCGUAACCCCUCCUGGCUAAUUAUUCGAGUCGUAGAUGAGGGGGCCAUUGCGACUAGAAGGGUCGAUGAUCAGCGUGCCACACGGAUGAUUUGCGGGCUGAGAGAGGACCAGAAACCAAGCCGCCAGCUUGGGCAAAGCUUGUCCAAUUCUCAAAGUGACUGCUGCACGUGCCCACAUAACUGGACCAGUGUUUCUAACAACCCUGGGGGUUGCGGGGGGUCUGGAAUCCCAAUCUGGUUUUGGCGGUUCGGAGAAAUUGUCCUCCUUCGGCGACGGAGUAUAUCCAAGUACUACUUAGUAGCCUUGGAGAAUGGUAGGCAAACCGUAAGUAAUCAUGAUUGAUAUGAUGAUGAGUAAUAUGCAAGUGAAAGAUACAGGGAAACGUUUGUUCCUUGCGUCUUUUCUUGGUCUCCGGACAGUUGGAAUCAUGUCAAGCAACGAAGGCAAAUAAGCUAUUGUCAGAGAGCAUUUCUUCAGAGUAAGCAGGAGCAGUGCGGACUGAUUAAUAAUACUUUGUCGGCUUAACCGGAAAAGCUUCCAAGCUCAUAUUGAUACGCUCUUGAAGCGCUGAAAAUAUCCUUGCUGUUCUUGAUUUCGUUAAAUGGUGGCAUAAAAAUGCUUGUGCAUAUUCUUACAAAGCAGCACAAGUCACGUUGAGAUGGUGAACCUCGGCUGUUUGCGGUCCAAUCUGGGGAACCGGCCGGCGCUCCAGCGGCUGGCCCAUAACACGGUCUAACAUCGUCUUCAAGUUGCCAGCACUUUCAUACCAUCGCAUGAUGAUCCGACGAUGAGCUCGACGAACUUUGCUGCUGCCCAAGAGCGCGUUUUAGAGCGCCGUCGACGGCGCGAGGCCGAAGCCCAACAACGGCUUGCACAGCAACAACGGACCUCUGUUAUCAACCAUCCGGCCCUGAAACGACUUCCCUAUCCUUUGAGUACUCUACCCCAAUCAGGCCUCUGGUUAUGGAAUGCAAUAAGCGGCCGUGAAGGCAUAAGGCCUGCCUUUCGCGUUGGCCAGGUUGAUGCGGAAUUGUUGGAUGAGGAGUUGCUGGGUCUGCUGAAGGGGCAGGUUGGGGAUGCCUUGAAGUAUUUCGGGCCUCAUUUGCGCGAAGACUGGUCACAUGAAGUUCAGCUCCUUCUCCGUGCAAUUCUUUUCAAGCUCUCAAUAUGGGACCAUGAUGCUUCCUACGGCGCGGCGCUCCAAAGCCUGAAAUACAUCGACAGUCGCAGUAAAGGACCGGUACAUUCUACACCAACGAAAGUACAAAAAUCGCUAUAUGGCCUUUUAACUGUGGGUGGUCGCUACGCCUGGGACAAAUGGGAAGACUGGCUCGUUGCUCAGGAAGGUGGAUAUGAGGAGCCAUCCCAAGAAGUCCGAUCACUUUCUCGACUGAGAAACUUCCUCUCUACGACACACUCCAUUGCAGCCUUUAUCUCCUUUCUCGUCUUCCUUGUAAACGGCCGUUAUCGAACAUUGGUCGACCGUCUCCUCCGCAUGCGCCUCACCCCACCCUCUGCGCAAGCAAGCCGUGAAGUGUCCUUCGAAUACCUAAACCGCCAACUGGUCUGGCACGCAUUCACAGAAUUUCUCCUCUUCCUCCUCCCUCUGGUCGGGAUCAGUCGCUGGCGCCGAUGGGUAUCACGGGCAUGGCGUAAAACAGCAUCCGCGCUCAGGUCUAGCACCAGCACAGAAGACGACUACCAGACGGUAAAGCAGGGAGAACUCGCGUUCUUACCGGAGCGCACAUGUGCAAUCUGCUACAAAGAUACCAAUGAGAACGGGGCAACAGAAGGCGAGGUCAUGGCUUCGUCAGGUGGAAUCAUUGGAUCUGCGCAGACGGAUAUCACGAACCCGUACGAGACGAUACCAUGCGGCUGUGUAUAUUGCUUCGUUUGUAUAGUUCAGAAACUUGAGGGUGAAGAAGGUGAAGGCUGGGUCUGCCUGCGCUGCGGCGAGAUUGUGAAAAAAUGCAAGCCUUGGAAUGGAGAUGUACUCGAGGAGACUCCGCGACAGUCCACAUCGGGUAAAAUCGUUGGGUUUGCAAUGGAUGACGCUAUCAGUGUCAGCUCAGAACCGACAUACGAGAAUACCGUGGACGAGAGAUGAUUGGCAAUCAAAGCGAAAGCUGUAUGGGAUCAAGCUGUAGAGCAGAGCACUUCUUAUAAUGACUGGCUUCGUUUGCCGGAUGACGAUGUAUAUAUUCUACUAGAACUAUUACCUACCCAGGUUCCCAUCUCGACUCGGUCGAGUGAUCGACCGAGGCUGUUGCUCCUUCCUUUUCUGCAACGAUAACAAAGCUCCUCAGACAGUCACACUUUUCUUGAAAUUUUGAUGGAGGAACUCUGUGCAGGGACGUGCGAGAACUGGAAAGCGCGUUUCUCUGCCCGAGGACCUUCUAGGAAGGUGCGAGUAGGGAAGGUGCAAUGGUCGCGGCGUUGGUCGCGCCUUCCACACCUUGCAAGUAUACCAACAAGCUUUGAAUCAUGAAAAGGAAAGCGCGGACAUGGAUGGUGGUCUACCGCCCAACCAGUCAAACAGAGAGGUAAUUUGAUUACUCCAUGGCGCAGUUUCCCCGCAACGGACUCCUCGCCGACUAC